ACCAGGGAUCCAAAUAUAUAUAUAUAUGCUAUAUCCAAAGUCCAUGUCAGAGUUUUAAAUGCUCAAUGCCACAUCCGAUCAAUGAGUGGCCAUUCAACUCCCUCCAAUUCCCUAGCUCUGACACUGAAGCAGCUGUGGCUGGAGAUCGGAUGGGCGCACCUUUCAAUGCAUGGAGCCGCAGCAGGCCCAUCUCCCAUGCAAGUUGAACCCGCAAGUAGUAGAUUCUUUUGUGUUGGCCUCCAAAGAUAUUGAAUUCUAUUCUGAGUGAUCCAAACCUCAAUGUGGCACAUGAUGUGCUGUUUGGGUUUUGCCACGUUUUUGAAACUAUUGUGCUCAGAUGUGGGAGCCACCAGGCCUGCAGUGGCCGAGACCAAGAUGCAAUACCAAAAACAGCUGCUUCUCCCAUUCCAUCAAAUCCACCAACUCUGCGGUUUUUAGAAGUUCUAUGCUUCUAGGCCCCAGGAUUGCCCCAGCACGGUCUUGGACAUGUGGGAUGUCCCGCGUCCAUUCUGAGAGAACUUUUGGCCGUGUAUAGCCUCACAGACCACACAUCGAAGUACCUUCUCAGCAUGUACUUGGAUCGCUAGGGACUAGUAAUGCCCUUGUUCCUAGUAGCAAUGCCCGUGAUACUAGUAGUUUCUUGUUACAAGUUGUUUCGGGAGCAGUUUGGCGUUUGGCACUUACUCCAGGACAAGUUGGUGCUGGAUGUUGGAGCCGGCAGCGGAAUUCUCAGCAUGCUUCUCGCUUCAGUGUGUACACGUCACCCCGCAAGACCUCCUUUUUUUGCCCGCCCUUGAUUAAGCAGGUGCCCACUUAAUUAAGUAAGGGCUAAGGCUAAACAGCCAAACAAACUACUAGGUAAGCUGCUACUAGCUAGGACGCAGGAUAGCUCACGCUAUUCAUUUGGCUACAAGGAUUAUAUUGGUGCCAGAAAUCUCCGGAGGUAUAUAUUGGCAUGCAGUGUGGAGAUGCGCGUGUUUCUUUUAUGAACACACGGGGAAGGCAUGUGGUGGAGUGUGGUGAUGUGUAGUGUUGUGACAUGUAGGCAUCAAUAGGCAUCAAUUAUUUGUGGUGACCCAAUUGUCAUGAGAUGUUUUGGAUGACUGAGCCAGGGUGUUUUGCGGUGCUGGGCUGAAUGGCAUUGAAUGGCAUUAUAGCUUGUGAUGCGUUGUGACCCGCGUCCAUGUUUGCAGAAAUGUGCUUUGUCAUGACUUAUGGUGUGUGAGUGAGUUCUUGCGAUUUGUCACAAUAGGUUGGUGAUCAGUGGUGAUUGGGGGCGUCGCUAGCUGUUCUUUGUGGUGAAGCCAGAGGGCCAUGCUCAACGCUCCACGGGGCCCACGGGGCCCACCCUGGCCCAUGGCGCAGGCACCCUUGCUUUGCAGGAUGGUGCUGUGCCACUAAUGAGCGGUAGGAGUGGCGCCGGAAGGGAGGUACCAGCAGUGGCAGUAGUCGCCGUCGUCGUCAUGGUUGCAGUAGCAGCAGCCCAAGCAAUAGCAAUACAGUAGUAAUUGCGCUUGUUGUUGUUGUUGCUGUUGUCGUCAUUGCGGUAGUUUUUUGUUGCUUAUGUUUGUUUAAAUAAUCAGUUUGCUUUUGUUUAUUGGUGUUGCUCUGGCAAAGUCAGGCACAAUCAUCAGUGUAUGUUGGGUUUGUCUUAUUGCCUGUUUCAGAUAGAUAGGCCUUUACAAACCAUCAUCAUCUACUUCUACUGGCAAUAGGAUAGGCCCAAAGUAUAUACAACAUACAGAUACAUACAGUAUAUUUAUACACAGUAUAUAUAUAUAUCUAUGUACAUGCACAAAUGCAUAUGGCAGUUGACCCUGCAAAAUACGCAUGCACCACAUGCAGACCUGAAAACACACAUUGUUGGAUUUGGCUGAAGGCUUUGCGCCAAGCAUGGCUUGGCAAAGCAUGUUUGGGCUGUAGAGGCAGUCCCUGGGAUGGCUCGGAUGGCGCAGCAGUUGGUGCAACAAAAACGGCAAGCAGAGGUGUCGAUGUAUCAAGCAAUAUAUUAUGUGCAUAUAUUUUUUGCAUUUGCAAACAGUGCAUGUAGUCAAAACAUGAUUUUUGUUUAAACAAUUAUGCACUCUACAUCUAUCGUACCAUAUCAUGCAUAUAUAUAUAUAAGCUAUUAAUUAAUACGUUUAACAAAAAUCACAGAGACGGACAUUUAGUGAGAGACGUUCCUUGCUUCGCACAGGGUUCCAAGAGUGCUAAGCCCAAGCCCAGGCAGGCGAAUGGAUUGCAGGACAAGGCUGUUGGGUGUGUGCUGCAGCACAGUUGCUCAUGACAACCUGCCACAAUCAAUAGUUCAUGAAUUUGAAUCAACAAGUAUUCAACUAUUUCCACCUGCCACAGGGGAGGCAGCACUGCUUUGGAAGAAUUGGAAGAAUGACUAGAUGAUUCAAGUGUCUCAGAGGGAGGCGGUGCUGGCCUGCGACCACAGCCUUGUGCAGGUGACAAUUCUCACAGGCCGAGUAGAGGAUAUCACAUUACCAAAUAAGAUGGACAUCAUCAUUUCGGAAUGGAUGGGUUUCUAUUUGCUUCACGAAUCAAUGCUGGAAUCCGUGCUGAUUGCCCGAGACCGCUUUCUUCGAGCACAGGGACGGAUGCUUCCCUGCUCUGCAAGAAUUUGGGCAGCACUCGUCGAGGCAGAAGAUUUGCGGCUGGAUAUGGCCAACUAUGAAGACUUUUUGGGCCUUGACCUUCGGCUGGUUGGGGAGCAGCAGUUGGCUGCGCGAACUGCAGAGCCGCGAGUUGAAGAAGUUCACGGAAGGCGGAUUUUAGCCGAACCACUGGUGGCGGUGGAUUUGACCGACCUCCAUCAGCUGCGAGUAGAGGGAACUCGUAAUUUGGAGGCACAGCUGUCCUUUCGCACAUGGCGCCAGGGCUAUGCUGCGGGCAUUGCCUUUUGGUUUGACGUUGGCUUUGGUCGUGAUGUGAUUUUGAAGACAGAUCCCGGGUCACCGCCAACCCAUUGGAAGCAAACGGUGGUGUAUUUUGGCGCGUUCCCCGCGGUGGAGUCGGGGGAUGUCUUGGAAGCCAACGUGGUGCUCAAGCAAAGUGAGGAGAACCCACGGCAAUACAACAUUUCGGUGGAGACCUUGUAGCUGGACGUGACACUCCAAGAUCGGCCAAAUACAUUUUGAC